AUGACCUCACAACCGAAUCAAGAAAUAAUUGACCAAUCAUCAUCGACAAAUGAGCAUAUAUCGAUUGACGGUCGGUCACAAGGAGAUUUGAGUAAAUUGAUGAAGGAAUUUGAUGAAAUGAAUACCGUCAAUUUAGCUAAAUAUGAUAACGAAGAAAUGACAUCUAAAAGAAUUUCAUCUGAUAACGAGGAAAUAUCAUCUAAAAGGGACGAAUUAAUUUCAUCUGAUAACAAGGAAUUAUCGUCUAAAAAGGAUUUAAGUGAGAAAAUUGAGGACAUU